CAGUGUGCUUUUGUGGCUGAUUCCUUAAACUUGUUCGCGUUGCUGAUGGUCGCGUGUGAAAAAUACAAUAAAAUACAACACUGAAAAGCCAGGAAAAUCAAACGAACCAAGGCAAUAACACCGAAAUUAUCUACAAUCCUCAAACUAACAAUUCACUGCAGACUAACAAACAAAUGCCAAAUUUUUACAAUCCUCCGCUGUAUGCUCGUCCAAACUAGAAACCAAAAAAUACAAAAAAAAAUAGAAAAACUCCAAGUCACCACCGUCGAAUUUCUACAACUAUUAACCCAUUUUCUAAACACAAAACAAAAAGCUCUUCGCGUAUUUAAGUGAGUGUGAUUAAACUGUGCAUGUCUGUGUGGCGGCUGAGACCAAACACACCUGUUGCUGCGAUGCAUUGACCGCGUUUCGCGUUUCGCUUUUGGCUUUUGGCAAGGAAAACGCUCAACAAAGAGGCACUUUUAAGGAAAGGCAAUAAAUAUUGUGCGUCCGAAUGAAACUUCAAAUAUGAAUACAGGAGACCGUAAGGAGCAAGCCUCGUUAACACCGCAACAGCAACAAUCGCCGCAGCAGCCAGAGCAACAGCAACCAAUUACCCGACACGAUGCCUUGGAUAGUUCUAGUGCUAACAAUAAACUAAAUCAUAAACACAAUAACGAUAAGGAUAAGGAUACCACUAGCGAUAAGAACUGGGAGACGGGCAGAGAUUUAUUGCCGGCCAGUGUUGUCAUCGUCGAUGAAUCAUGUGCCUCGAAAAGUCAGAAAAAAUCAAUCGAGUCGAGCAUUGUUUCGCGAAGUGGAGCCACCUCCUCAUCGCAACGUCGCCGGCAAUUGCAAUUCCAGCGACAAAAGGAGGCCAAACUUUAUGACCGUGGAGAUGGGGAUCGAGAACGGGAGCGGGAGCGGGAGCGGGGGCGGGAGCGAGAGCGGGAAGCCUCGACCUCGACCUCAACCUCGACCUCCGCCUCCACCACCACCACGAACACUGUAAAGGGUGGCGGGGAGCUGGUGAACUGUAUUGCUUACGAUGACAACACCCUGGUCAUCGAGAGGAAGCCCUCGCCCUCCUCCCCGUCCACCAGCCGGCGCUAUCUGAAGGCCGAAACGCCGACGCGUGGCAGUCGCAAGUACAACCGCAAGUCAUCGGCGAAAAGUGAUUUGGAAGUGGUCAUUGUCAAGCCGGAACACCAUCAUCAGCAUCGAUCGCCGACGAUAACGCUGCCGGUUCCAGCUAACCCACUAACCACAUCGGCAUCGGCUGGAUCCUCGCCCACGGGAUCGGGAUUGGGAUUGGGCUUGGGAGCCGGACUGGGAACUGCCUCGGGCACGGUGCUGCAACAAAGCUGCAGUACACUUGAUCCGCCCGAGGAUCCCAACCAGGCCGGCGGGACCAGGAGGCGACCCACCAGCACCGAGCUCGCCCUCAGCAACGUCACCAGUCAGAUUGUGAACAACGCCACCUACAAGCUAGACUUCAAGCAACGGCGUCACAAAAGCAACAACGGAGGCAGUGAGUCGGGAUCUCUAACCGGUGUUGCAACAGGAACGGCAACAAGUCCCGGAGCAGCAGGACCCUCCAGCUCCAGCGCCAAGCGCCGCAAGUCCAGUUGCACAUCCUGCGGCGGAGGUGGCAUCAGUGCCCCGCCCCCAAGACUAACGCCCGAGGAGGCGUGGCAGCUGCAGCCGCAGAACAGUGUCACCAGUGCCGGCAGCACAAACAGUAGUUUCAGCAGCGGCGGCGGACGCGACGAUAAUAGUAGCUAUAGUGCCGUCGGUGGCGACAGCAGCAGCAGCAAUAGUUGCAACUGCGAUAUCACCGGUGAUAACAGUACAUUGCAUGGUUUUGGCGUCGGCGACGUUUGCAGUUUCAUCGCCGAUUGUGACGACAAUAGCGAGGACGACGACGGCGAUCCAAAUAACCAGGAUCUCAGCUCGCAAACCCUGCGCACAGCGGCCAUUGUAGCGGCAGUUGCGGCUGCAGCCAAGGAACAGGCCCAGGAGCAAUCGCUCGCCGAUUGCGAGAGCUUCAGCGAACGGCGCCAGGAUGCCGAUGAGGACGUCCGCAUCAUUCAGGAUAGCUGCGGUGGCAACAACGACUCUCUCGAAGACGUUGGUGAGGUGGACGACAACGCCGACGUUGUUGUGAGAAAGAACUCGAGGAAUCGGCCCUCGAUCAGAAGGACAUGCAGGAUAACCGAGGAGGACGACGACGACGAGAACGCGGAAUACGGUGAUUUUGAUCGGGAGGAUCAGGAGCUAGACGACGAGGAGCCCGAGGGCACCACCAUUGACAUUGAUGAGCAGGAACAGCAGCAGCACCAAGGUGAUUCCGCUGACGAGGAAGAGGAGGACGACGACGAGGACGUCGACGAGUACUUUGAGGAGGAGGAGGACGACACCCAGGCCUUUUCGCCAUUCUACUCCAGUUCCGCGGAGCUAAUCGAUAAUUUUGGUGGCGGUGCGGGCAAGUUCUUCAACAUUAUGGACUUUGAGCGUGGAGCCUCCGGCGGUGGAGGCUUCUCGCCGAACGGCAACGGCGGUCCCGGCAGCGGUGAUGUUUCCCGGACGGCCAGAUACGAUUCCGGUGAGGGGGAUCUGGGCGGCGGCAACAAUAUCAUGGGCAUCGAUUCGAUGGGCAUUGCAAACAUUCCGGAAACCAUGAACGGCACCACAAUUGGACCAAGUGGAGCUGGUGGCCAAAAAGCUGGUGCUGCUGCAGGUGCCGCCGGUCAAAAGAGACAACAGCGCAGGGGAAAACCGCAACCAGACAGACCACAACGAGCAUUAUUUUGCCUGAGCGUCAAGAAUCCCCUGCGAGCCUUGUGCAUUCGCAUCGUGGAGUGGAAACCAUUUGAGUUCCUUAUUUUGUUAACCAUUUUUGCCAACUGUAUUGCCUUGGCUGUUUACACCCCUUAUCCGGGAAGCGAUUCAAACGUGACGAAUCAAACCUUGGAAAAAGUUGAAUAUGUAUUCCUAGUUAUAUUCACAGCGGAAUGUGUUAUGAAAAUUUUAGCAUAUGGUUUUGUGUUACAUAAUGGUGCAUAUCUAAGAAAUGGAUGGAAUUUAUUAGAUUUUACAAUUGUAGUUAUAGGGGCAAUAAGUACUGCACUCUCCCAACUGAUGAAGGACGCCUUUGAUGUGAAGGCCCUACGUGCCUUUCGAGUGCUACGUCCACUGCGACUUGUAUCGGGUGUACCAAGUCUACAGGUUGUGCUGAAUUCAAUUUUAAAGGCCAUGGUGCCACUGUUUCACAUUGCACUCCUGGUCCUAUUCGUAAUCAUAAUCUAUGCGAUCAUUGGCCUAGAGCUCUUCUCUGGCAAAUUGCACAAGGCGUGUCGCGAUGAGAUCACAGGUGAAUUCGAGGAAACCGAACGGCCCUGCGGAGUGGGUUACCAGUGUCCGCCGGGUUUUAAGUGCUACGGCGGAUGGGAUGGACCAAACGACGGCAUCACCAACUUCGACAACUUUGGCCUGGCCAUGUUGACGGUGUUCCAGUGCGUCACCCUUGAGGGCUGGACUGAUGUCCUUUACAACAUCCAAGAUGCAAUGGGCAGCGAUUGGCAAUGGAUGUACUUCAUUUCCAUGGUUAUCCUGGGUGCCUUCUUCGUGAUGAAUCUGAUUCUCGGUGUGUUGUCCGGUGAGUUCUCCAAGGAGCGUAACAAGGCCAAAAACCGAGGUGACUUCCAGAAGCUGCGCGAGAAGCAGCAGAUCGAAGAGGAUCUGCGGGGCUACCUCGAUUGGAUUACCCAAGCCGAGGACAUCGAACCAGACGCGGUUGGAGGUCUGAUAUCCGAUGGCAAGGGCAAGCAGCCCAACGAAAUGGAUUCCACCGAGAACCUGGGCGAAGAGAUGCCCGAAGUUCAAAUGACUGAAUCACGUUGGCGCAAAAUGAAGAAGGACUUCGAUCGAGUCAAUCGACGGAUGCGAAGGGCCUGUCGCAAGGCAGUCAAGUCACAGGCAUUCUACUGGCUCAUCAUCGUUUUGGUCUUUCUCAAUACGGGUGUCUUGGCCACGGAGCAUUAUCAGCAGCUGGAUUGGCUGGAUAACUUCCAGGAGUACACCAAUGUGUUCUUCAUCGGCCUGUUCACCUGCGAAAUGCUGCUGAAGAUGUACAGCUUGGGCUUUCAGGGCUACUUCGUUUCGCUGUUCAAUCGCUUUGAUUGCUUUGUGGUGAUUGGCAGUAUUACGGAAACCCUGUUGACAAACACGGGAAUAAUGCCUCCAUUGGGCGUAUCCGUGCUGCGAUGUGUACGUCUCCUCAGAGUCUUCAAAGUAACUAAGUACUGGCGGUCGCUCUCAAAUCUCGUUGCUUCCUUAUUGAACUCUAUACAAUCAAUUGCUUCACUUUUGUUACUGCUCUUCCUAUUUAUUGUGAUAUUUGCUCUGCUGGGCAUGCAAGUCUUUGGCGGUAAAUUUAAUUUUGACGGCAAAGAGGAGAAGUAUCGAAUGAACUUCGACUGCUUCUGGCAGGCUCUGCUCACAGUCUUUCAGAUCAUGACUGGUGAGGAUUGGAAUGCUGUGAUGUAUGUGGGCAUCAAUGCCUAUGGUGGUGUGUCCUCCUAUGGUGCCUUGGCCUGUAUUUACUUUAUUAUUUUGUUUAUAUGCGGUAACUACAUCCUGCUAAACGUGUUCUUGGCCAUUGCUGUGGAUAACUUGGCCGAUGCCGACUCGCUCUCCGAGGUCGAAAAAGAGGAGGAGCCUCACGAUGAAUCUGCUCAGAAGAGGUCACACAGUCCGACUCCAACAAUUGAUGGCAUGGAUGAUCAUCUCAGCAUAGAUAUCGACAUGGAGCAGCAUGAACUGGAUGAUGAAGACAAAAUGGACCAUGAAACUUUAUCUGACGAGGAACACCGCGAAAUGUGCGAGGAGGAAGAGGAAGUGGAUGAAGAAGGCAUGAUUACAGCACGACCCCGACGUAUGUCUGAGGUUAAUACGGCCACGAAAAUUCUACCCAUACCGCCGGGCACAUCAUUUUUUCUUUUCUCACAAACGAACAGAUUUCGCGUCUUCUGCCAUUGGCUUUGCAAUCACAGCAAUUUCGGCAACAUUAUCCUGUGUUGCAUUAUGUUUUCUUCGGCUAUGUUGGCUGCAGAGAAUCCUCUGAAAGCCAAUGAUAACCUGAAUAAAGUGCUCAAUAAAUUUGAUUAUUUUUUCACGGCAGUUUUCACAAUAGAACUGAUUCUGAAAUUGAUUUCAUACGGUUUCGUAUUACACGACGGAGCCUUUUGCAGAUCCGCAUUUAAUCUAUUAGAUUUACUUGUGGUUUGCGUGUCAUUGAUUUCUCUAGUGUCCAGUUCGAAUGCGAUUUCAGUCGUGAAAAUUCUACGUGUGCUCCGUGUUUUAAGGCCACUCAGAGCUAUUAAUCGUGCCAAGGGACUAAAGCAUGUUGUUCAAUGUGUCAUAGUCGCUGUUAAGACUAUCGGAAAUAUUGUGCUCGUCACAUGCCUACUGCAGUUCAUGUUUGCCGUAAUAGGAGUCCAGUUGUUUAAGGGCAAAUUUUUCUCUUGCUCUGAUGGUUCAAAAAUGACGGAAGCUGAAUGCUGCGGAACUUAUCUAGUCUAUGAUGAUGGUGAUGUUCAUAAGCCGCGACUCAGGGACCGGGUGUGGAAAAACAAUCGGUUCCAUUUCGAUGAUGUGGCCAAGGGCAUGUUGACUUUGUUCACGGUGUCCACCUUUGAGGGUUGGCCAGGCUUGCUGUAUGUUUCAAUUGAUUCGAAUAAGGAAGACGGCGGUCCAAUACACAACUUCCGUCCGAUCGUAGCUGCCUACUAUAUAAUCUACAUUAUUAUAAUUGCCUUCUUCAUGGUGAACAUAUUCGUCGGUUUCGUUAUCGUCACUUUCCAAAAUGAGGGCGAACAGGAAUAUAAGAAUUGUGAUCUGGAUAAAAAUCAGCGCAAUUGCAUAGAAUUUGCCUUGAAAGCAAAACCCGUAAGACGCUAUAUACCAAAGCAUGGUAUACAAUAUAAGGUCUGGUGGUUCGUGACAUCGUCAUCCUUUGAGUACACCAUAUUCAUACUGAUCAUGAUAAACACGGUAACGCUGGCUAUGAAGUUUUAUAAUCAGCCAUUGUGGUACACGGAACUUUUAGAUGCCUUGAAUAUGAUAUUUACGGCGGUGUUUGCUUUGGAAUUUGUUUUUAAAUUAGCCGCGUUUCGAUUUAAGAACUAUUUUGGAGAUGCCUGGAACGUUUUCGAUUUUAUCAUCGUUUUGGGCAGUUUCAUUGACAUUGUCUACUCUGAAAUUAAGAGCAAAGAUACUUCUCAGAUAGCAGAAUGUGACAUUGUAGAAGUCUGCAAGAAUACAAAGAAAUCAGCUGGUUCGAGUUUAAUAUCCAUCAACUUCUUCCGACUGUUCCGAGUGAUGCGACUUGUCAAGCUUCUCAGCAAAGGCGAAGGCAUUCGAACAUUACUGUGGACUUUUAUCAAAUCUUUCCAGGCACUACCUUAUGUAGCCCUGCUAAUUGUGCUACUAUUUUUCAUUUAUGCGGUUGUGGGGAUGCAAGUUUUUGGCAAAAUUGCUCUAGAUGGGGGUAACGCCAUCACGGCCAAUAACAAUUUCCAAACCUUUCAGCAGGCUGUAUUAGUACUAUUCCGAUCGGCCACCGGUGAAGCUUGGCAGGAGAUUAUGAUGUCCUGCUCGGCCCAACCGGAUGUCAAGUGCGAUGAGAAUUCAGAUACACCGGGAGACCCAUGCGGUUCCUCUAUAGCCUAUCCCUACUUUAUUUCCUUCUAUGUUCUCUGCUCGUUUUUGAUCAUCAAUCUCUUCGUGGCCGUCAUUAUGGACAAUUUUGACUAUCUGACGCGGGAUUGGUCCAUUUUGGGUCCCCAUCACCUGGACGAGUUCAUUCGUCUGUGGAGCGAGUACGAUCCGGAUGCCAAAGGGCGCAUCAAACACUUGGAUGUGGUCACAUUGCUGAGGAAGAUCUCACCACCACUUGGCUUCGGCAAACUGUGUCCGCAUAGAAUGGCCUGCAAACGGCUGGUUUCCAUGAACAUGCCACUCAACUCAGAUGGAACGGUCCUCUUCAAUGCCACACUGUUUGCGGUGGUACGCACAUCGCUGAGCAUCAAAACUGACGGUAACAUCGAUGAUGCCAACUCCGAGCUGCGCGCCACGAUCAAGCAGAUCUGGAAACGCACCAAUCCGAAGCUCCUGGAUCAGGUUGUUCCACCGCCGGGCAACGAUGACGAGGUGACCGUCGGCAAGUUCUACGCCACAUAUCUGAUUCAGGACUAUUUCCGGCGCUUCAAGAAGCGCAAGGAACAGGAGGGCAAGGAGGGUCAUCCGGACAGUAAUACAGUCACUCUGCAGGCCGGCCUGCGAACCCUACACGAAGUGUCCCCCGCUCUCAAGAGAGCCAUCUCCGGUAAUCUCGACGAGCUGGACCAGGAGCCGGAGCCCAUGCAUCGACGCCACCAUACGCUUUUUGGCAGCGUGUGGUCAUCGAUCCGCCGACAUGGCAAUGGAACCUUCAGGCGAAGUGCCAAGGCCUCUGCAUCCCAGAGCAACGGAGCACUGGCGAUCGGUGGAUCCGCGUCCGCAGCCUUGGGCGUGGGCGGUAGCUCGCUGGUCCUGGGGAGCUCCGAUCCCGCUGGCGGGGAUUACCUGUACGACACCUUGAACCGCAGCGUAGCCGAUGGAGUGAAUAACAUAACGCGAAACAUAAUGCAGGCCCGUUUGGCGGCAGCCGGAAAGCUGCAGGACGAACUGCAGGGGGCAGGAAGUGGCGGAGAGCUGAGGACAUUCGGCGAGAGCAUAUCCAUGCGACCGCUGGCCAAAAGUGGAGGAGCAGGAGGAGGAGCGGCCACUGUGGCCGGAACACUGCCGCCUGAGGCGAAUGCCAUUAACUAUGACAACCGCAAUCGUGGUAUUUUAUUGCAUCCAUAUAACAAUGUCUACGCACCCAAUGGUGCUCUUCCUGGCCACGAACGCAUGAUCCAAUCGACACCAGCUAGUCCCUACGAUCAGCGUCGUUUACCAACUUCAUCUGAUAUGAACGGCCUAGCCGAAUCAUUGAUUGGAGGGGUACUCGCCGCUGAAGGAUUGGGUAAAUACUGCGACUCCGAGUUCGUGGGGACUGCUGCACGGGAGAUGCGCGAGGCGCUGGACAUGACGCCCGAGGAAAUGAACCUGGCCGCCCACCAGAUCCUCUCGAACGAGCACUCCCUCAGCCUGAUCGGCAGUAGCAAUGGGAGCAUCUUCGGAGGAUCCGCCGGCGGCCUUGGUGGGGCUGGAUCUGGAGGCAUGGGUGGGUUGGGCGGCAGUAGCAGCAUUCGCAAUGCCUUCGGCGGAAGCGGAAGUGGCCCGUCCUCGCUGUCGCCGCAACAUCAGCCAUACUCGGGCACUCUGAACUCACCACCGAUUCCGGAUAAUCGUCUGAGACGUGUUGCCACAAUCACGACCACAAACAAUAACAAUAAGUCCCAAGUUAGCCAAAACAAUGCGAGUAGCUUAAAUGUUAGAGCUAAUGCCAAUAGCCAAAUGAACAUGUCACCAACUGCACAACCAGUGCAGCAACAAUCGCCGCAAAGAGGACAGGGUAACCAGACCUACUCCUCAUAGCACCCACAUUGUAAACUAUACAUACAGAAUGUCUUCUUGAUGGAACUUUAAGUGUGCAUUCAGCGGAAGCUGGUGUUUAUUGGCUAGUUUAUUUGUUAUUUUUAGCGAAGAAAAACACAUUAGUCUAAGCAUCGGGAAUUGUUAUAUUUGAAUUGUUCACACAAGCGGGAACCAAAGCAACAAAACUUGUAUAACUUGUAUAAAGAAAAUCAGCUAAUUGUAUAUGUAUAAAUAUAUUAAUGUUUUUGCCUUUUUGAGAAAUCUAUCGUGGGCCUUCGUCCUCUAACGAGCCAGAAAACCAAGUAACCGACGACACUAAACUGAACAAAUUAAGGGAAAAUGUAUAUUUUUGGAUAAAAAAGAGGAAACCAACCUAAGCUGAUAACGAUUAACUUCUAAUUAGAAAUAAAGAUCAAAACCAAAAAUUAAUAGAAGCCACACCAAUAUGAUUGAUUAGGUAAUAAUCACAAAAAACUUAAAACAAAUAAUUAUACAUUAACAUUGAACAUUACAUUAUUGAGCGACAGUGUAAUUACCUAUUUCGAUUUAGACGCAUUUUAUUUUUUAAGUAUUUAAAAUAUGAACAAUUUACGAUAAAGGAAUUGUUUCCGAUAUAUGUAGCACACAAGUAUACAUGUAUAAAUAUUAUACAUGUAUAAAAUUCAUAAAUGUAAUAGCAUAAUUUCAAACUGAACGACAGUCCGAAGCCCCUUAAAAAGAAAUGUAAACUGAAUUUUAAUUGUUAUGAUUGAAUUUUUACAAUAAAACCAAGAAAUUGUGAGAAAAU